AUGGCUGCACCUCGCUCUAACGGUCCUCAUUACCCCAGACCUCUUGUUGCAUUGCUCGAUGGUCGAGACUGCUCAAUAGAAAUGCCCUUACUCAAGGACGUGGCCACUGUCGCUUUUUGUGACGCAUCAGGCACCAGUGAAAUUCACGAGAAGGUCCUUAAUGAGGCCUAUGGGGCCCUCCUGUGGCAUUCCAUUACGCUCAAUCGGGAGGAUCUUCAAAAAUUCAAAAGCCUCAAGAUCAUUGUCAGAAUCGGCAGCGGCUAUGAUAAUGUGGACAUUAAAGCCGCUGGUGAAAUGGGUAUUGCUGUUUGCAACGUCCCUGGUUAUGGCAUCGAAGAGGCGGCUGAUACCACCCUCUCGCACAUUCUGACGCUCUACCGGAGGACAUACUGGCUUGCCGAUAUGGUUCGCUCGGGAAAGCGGAUCAGUGGUCCAGAACAAUUGAAGGAAGCCGCGACCGGUACGGCUCGCAUUCGUGGCGACACUUUGGGAAUUAUCGGCCUGGGUCGGAUUGGUGCAGCAGUGGCUCUGCGCGCACUGGCUUUUGGCUUUCGAGUCGCCUUCUAUGAUCCCUACCUCUCAGAUGGUAUCGAGCGUUCUCUCGGAAUUAUCCGGGUUUACCACCUGCAGGAACUCCUGUAUCAGAGCGACUGUGUUACUCUCCAUUGCACACUGCAUGACCAGAAUCGUGGCAUGAUCAACGAAGAAUCCAUCAAGAUGAUGCGUAAAGGCGCCUUUCUAAUCAACACCGCGAGAGCAGGUCUCAUCGACGAACCAGCUCUGGCUUCUGCCUUGAAGUCCGGUAUUAUUCGUGCUGCUGCUCUUGACGUCAUUGACUCGGAUCUCAACACAGGUCCGCUUAAGGAUGCGCCAAAUCUCAUCGUCACGCCUCACAUGGCCUACUACAGUGAGAAUAGUAUGCGUGAGAUGCGUGAAGCCGCCGCCAACGAAAUUCGACGUGCCGUCGUCAACAGGAAUUCGGCUUGCUUAAGGAACUGCGUGAACAAGGAAUUCCUCAACACUGGACCGACGGGUGUUUAUGGCAGCCUCAACAGCCACGCCACGCCGCCCGCUCUUGCCGCCAACCCGGCCGCACUGAAUAACCACGCGGCUGCAAUGGCCGCGGUCCUUUCGCUGUCUCCACUCGCAGGAGCUGCGGGGGCCACGUCGAUGGGUCUUUCUUUGCCCCCGGGCUUCCUCAGCGCCACGGCCAACUUUGCCUCAACGGCGAACCUUGGCGGACCGCCGAAUUCUGUCGGAGCAAACAACGGCAACCUCUCGGGCCCACACGGAGGCCCAGGUGCCGGCGGCAUCCUGACUAACAGCGGCCCCACUUCCAUUCCUGCUCUCAUUCCACCUCCCCCUGGCGGUGCGAAUCCACACUUUACUCAGAGUGCUCUUGCUGGGCCCUACCCACCAUUCCUGGCGUCAAAUUUUGCGGCUAAUAUCCCCGGACUGACUAGUCAGCAGUCACAACCGGCCAACCAGCCUCCACCGUCCCUACCAACUCAGGCACCGCCACAUUCACAGUCUGGAUCGGUGUCUCAAGCACAGCUGUCGUCCCAACAGUCGAAUCAAGGAGGGCCCGCCAUCUCAAGGGCCGUGAGUAGUCCAGCCUCGAAUGGUGGUGGAAGUGGACCUGGGGGGAUAACCAGCGCGCCUAGCAUCACAUCCAGCGCUCCUCCUGUUCCUGAAAACAGCGUUAAGUCUUCGUGCUCCCCAAGUACGCCUAUUGAGAGCAUGCAGGCUGUGCUUCAUGGGUAG